CAGUAGGGAACCAUAUUGCACUGUCUCCAAAGCAUUCUGACCUUUGUAACACAGUAGGUUUGUGUGCAUGACGUUCUGUCUUUUUGUUUCAGCACGAGCAAUUGCUGUUGCUUCAUACAUUGGACAUAAGUUGAUAGGUGAGCUGGAUAUCAAGGUAGUAUGCAAAGUUGUAGUAGUCUCUCUCGUGGAGCUCAUGAGUCGUUGGUCCACGUUUCGCCAGCUAAUCACCGCCAUAAAUACCCACGUUCUUCCUGCUGGAACCCGUCUGGUGAAUCUAACUAAUGGCUGUGUGUGCCUCACAGUUCAAGCUGAAACUCUAUCAGCUCUUACUGCCUUGUGGAAUUUAUACCAAGAUGGGACGCUGGAGAGGAGGCUGUACGACUUCUUUGUGACCGACGAAGUAAAAGAACGAGCAGGUGGAGAGAUAGUUGAAGUGAAUGUGAGCAUCGAGGAAGAAGAAUACAACAAAGCUCGUUUAGAGUUGAUCAGUGAAGCUCAAGGUAAGUCAAUUUUGUAACCUCAAAUUAAAUCAGCAAAAACGUUUCUUCCG